ACGGCAUUUGCGAAGAGCCUCGGCUUGACACUUUCACCAGCCGAGAUCCGAUUCUCGUCGUCGUGCCGCCUUCGAACACUCUCUACUAAUCACUGUGAUCUUUGCCUUCGCACAUCUUCUUCAGCUUCAUCACGAAAGGCAGUACAGUAUGGCAACUCAACGUCUCUCCUCCGUGCUGUCGCACUUGACUCCCGGCCAGAAGCCCAUGGACAAGAUCACGUCGAAGAACCCAGACGACAUCGUCAUCACUCUUGCGAUCCGGACGCCACUAUGCAAGGCCAAGAAGGGUGGGCUCAAGGACACGCCGCUCGAUGGCAUGGUCUUCAAGAUCUUAGAACAAGUCAUUCGAAAGAGCAGGCUCGAUCCGCAGAUGGUUGAGGACAUCUGCUUGGGCAAUGUCUCCGACGCCAAAGCCGCUUACUACGUCCGCGCCGCCUGUCUCGCCGCUGGAUUCCCUAACACCACCGCUGCCUCUUCCGUGAAUCGUUUCUGCUCGUCCGGGCUUAAAGCCGUGCAGGACAUUGCCAACCAAAUCAUCACCGGCAGCAUCGAAAUCGGCGUCGCUGUAGGCGCUGAGCACAUGACGACCGGUGGCGACCGGCUUACCCGUCCUUUCGUUGACGAUAUCCUCGAAUCGAACCAGGAGGCGCGGGAUUGCAUGCAACCAAUGGGACAGACCUCGGAGAACGUGGGCAAGGAUUUCAACAUCACCCGCGAGCAGCAAGAUCUAUACGCUGCAGAGUCCUACCGCCGCGCCGAGGCUGCUCAGAGGUCAGGCUGGUUUGACGACGAAAUCACGCCCAUUACGGUCAAGCUCGAUGGUAAGGAUGUAACCCUUACCCGGGACGAGGGUAUCCGCGCCGGCACGACUUACGAGAGCCUUGCCAAGAUUCGACCAGCCUUCCCAGACUACGGCGACCGCAGCACCGGCGGAAACAGCAGUCAGGUCACUGACGGUGCCGCCGCUGUCUUGCUCAUGAAACGCUCCAAGGCGCUGGAGCUUGGCCAGCCCAUUUUGGCUAAAUUCGUCAACGCAACCGUUGCCGGUCUGGCUCCACGCAUUAUGGGUAUCGGUCCCACCAUUGCCAUUCCUAAGCUCCUUGGCAAGCUCGGCAUCACUAUCAACGACGUUGAUGUGAUUGAACUCAACGAGGCCUUCGCCUCGAUGGGUGUUUACUGCCGAGACACACUCAAGAUUGACUGGACUAAGAUGAACGCGCGUGGUGGUGCAAUUGCUCUUGGCCACCCUCUCGGCUGCACUGGCACGAGGCAGAUUGUCACUGGGCUUAGUGAAUGCCGAAGGCGGAAAGGCAAGAUCCUACUGACUUCUAUGUGUAUCGGCACCGGUAUGGGAAUGGCAGCAUUGUUCGUGAAUGAACAAUGA